CGUGCAGCCCGGCCUGCAGCUGGGCCGGGAGGAGCAGAGGUUGGCAGCGCCCGGCGCAUAUAAGGGACAUGAGCGGGCAAAGGAAGCGUGGCUCUGGGAGAAGGGUGGCUCUGCAGGACACUGUCUGCCCGUGCAGCCCUGUCGAUGGCCUCCCACCAUGUGGUCACCACCCAGCCCUGGGGCUCGAUGGCAGCCCCGCAGAGGAGCAAGUGGCAGACAGGGCUGACGGACUGCUGCUCCGACUGCGGCGUCUGUAUCUGCGGAACCUUCUGCUUCCCCUGCCUGAGCUGCCAGGUGGCCGGGGACAUGAACGAGUGCUGCCUCUGCGGGACCAGCGUGGCCAUGAGGACCCUGUAUCGCACCCGAUACAACAUCCCGGGCUCCAUCAUGGAUGACUUCUUCUCAGUCCUGUGCUGCCCCUUGUGCUCUCUCUGCCAGCUGAAGAGGGACAUUAACCGGAGGAAACAACAGGGCACCUUCUGAUGCUGCAGCCCUGGCCGUGGAGUCGAUGCUGCCCUUGCAUUUCUGGUCUGUGCAAUGGGGGUUUCAGUGUUCUGGAACAUAUCCCUCCUUCCCUUGGUAACAUGGUCAAUAAAGAACAGUGCUUGUCCU